AUGUUUCGUUUGAAGAAGGACAUGGCCAAUGUGGCUGUUUGGGAUACGCCAACUGACGGUGAUCCCGCCAACAAAGCAAUCGAUGUUCUCAGACCCAUAAAGGUGAUUGUGAUUGGGGCAGGCAUGUCAGGCAUGACGGCGGGCAUUCUAUUCCCACGAUCCAUUCAGAACCUGGAGCUGGUCAUCUACGAGAAGAACGCCGAUGUUGGUGGCACCUGGUUCGAAAACCGCUAUCCGGGCCUCGCGUGUGAUAUUCCUUCCCACACCUAUCAAUUUACCUUUGAGGAAAAUACGCAAUGGAGCAGUUUCUAUGCGACUGGACCUGAGAUUCACAAGUAUCUGAAGCAUGUGAAUACCAAAUACAAGGCCGAGAAAUACAUGAAAUUCAAUCACAAGGUCGAAAAGGCAUCGUGGAACGACGAGACAGGCAAGUGGGCUAUUGAGGUAAAAAAUAUGGUCACUGGAGAGACCAUCACAGACACAGCCGACGUCGUCUGUUCAGCAGUCGGAAUUCUCAAUGCGUGGAAAUGGCCCGAAAUCUGUGGUCUGCACGACUUCAAGGGGAAACUUGUCCACUCGGCGGCAUACCCUGAGGACCUCGAUGUCUCGGGAAAGCGCGUUGCCUUGAUCGGAGCAGGCUCCAGCGGCAUUCAGAUGCUGCCUCAGAUUCGCCGCCACGCAGCGGCAGUAGAUCAUUAUGUGAGGGGCAAGCUCUGGAUACCCCCUGCUGGCAUCGGAGGCGAGGGACUGGAAGCACGAAACGGAGAUCCGAGAACACCGGCCGCAGAUCUCGAGCGGUUCAAAAAUGACCCCGAGGUCUACAGACAAUACCGUCGCUACGUCGAGGAUUUACUCAACCGUCCAGUCGAAGCCUUGUAUAAAGGUACUCCGGGGGCGAAGAUGUUUGCCGAUAUGUGCAGAGCUCACAUGAAGGAAAAGCUCAGUAAGAAGCCCGAGGUGUUUGAGGCCCUUGUCCCAGAUUAUCCUGUUGGCUGUCGCAGGAUCACUCCCGGCCCUGGUGUAGGUGCAAAUCUGGUGUAUUCAAUGCCGGUGAGGCUACAAGGCUUAUCGUUUGAUUCCCAGUAUCUGGAAGCCUUGGUCGAGGACAACGUGAAUUUCAUUCCGACAAAGGUCAGAACGGUCUACGAUAAUGGGAUCGAAACCGAAGAUGGAGUACGUCGAGAUGUGGACGUGAUAAUAUGUGCUACUGGAUUUGACGGAGUGUAUAAGCAACACUUUCCCGUCCACGGAAAAUACGGGGUCAAUCUGCAGGAUAUCUGGGAUGAGAUGCCAGAGGCCUAUCUUUCCAUGGCCCCGCGCCUCAUGCCGAACUUCUAUGUCUUCCUGGGACCCAACGGGGGACCCGGACUUGGUUCCACGGUGCCGUUUCUCGAACUUCAAUGUCGUUACAUGACGCAGGUCAUUCAGAAAAUCCAAAGAGAAUACAUCAAGAGCAUGAUGCCUACAGAUCGAGCCAUGCGUGACUGGGCCGACAUUGUUGAUUCUUACUUUGCCAAAACAAUCUAUGUUGAAAAGUGCAACGCCUGGUGGAAACACAAAAGCGGAAGACUCCUGGCCAUCUGGCCCGGUAGCCUCAUCCACGGCGCGUUCGUAUUCAGGAACCCCCGGUGGGAGGACUAUGAAUAUGAGCAUGGGCCUGAAUCGAGGGGCAACUCGCUCCGAUGGUUCGGAAACGGCCUCAGCCAAAGACAAAUCGAUAUGAAAGGUACUACUGAGGAGUAUCUGGAUACUCCUGUUCCAGUUGAGAUCCCCCUGGAGAUCCUGGGUCAUGGGUCUCAUACAAACGGGUUUAAUGGCACCCAAGACGUCGAAUUAUAG